CUUUUCUUCUAUGAUUCUUGAGAUGUAAAUUGUAGCAGCCACAUCUCCAGAUUGGAUACUUCUCAUUAGAGAUACUUUGGAAAUGAAAUGCAAUUUAUUAAAUCAAUUGAUGAUUUUCAUUUUAUGGAAACUAGUGGACAAUUGAGGCCUUAUAAUCUCUCUUUCCAGACUUUUAAGUGUUCUUGACCAAAGUUCAGGGAGCUGCUGCAGAAUAAAGAAUGAAGAAAACAGAAAAACCUUUGGAUGUUGUUUCUCAUUUGCCCAUUUUUUUAGGAGUAAACCUGAAUCAAACCUUUCCGGUCCAAAGCAAAAAUUUUCCAAUCAACAAGAAUUGGUUUACUCAUUAGAACUAGUUGCAGUCACAGAAGCAGAGUACCAGUUGUUUUUUCAAGCAGUGAUGGUAUUGAUGGAUCGAUCAUAUAGUAAUGUGACUUGGGUGGUGUCUCCAUUCUCUAGAAGGUAAAAAAGUUCCAAUUGGCCACUGAAGUUAUUCUACAUGAUAGUAAAGUUGGGAUUCCUGGUUACUGCUUCAGUAGCAGUCUAUGCAGUUAAGCAGAUUAGCAUCAAAUCUUUGCGGCCACUAGACUCAACAAGAAAGUUUUCAGAAAAUGGUGAAAUAUCAUCCAAACAGGAUGAGAAUGAAAAAGGAGAUAAAGGGCACUUCAUAGAUUUUAGUAGUACCACAGCUGAAGAGGAUGGAGAGAAGGUUACAGGAAUCAGGAAUGCAAGGAGCUUAAAUUCGAAAAACCAUUCUGCUUUUGAUGAUGAAAAAGAAUCAAUCUUACCUGAGUUUAGGUAUCAUUACCCAACAAAAGUUGAGCAAUUGCUAUGGGAUGAGAAGUUUGAUGCAACCAGCAACUUUGAGGCCAAGAGAGACAGCUCAGUGUAUAAAACUAGUCAGGACGAUCAUGUUACUGAACCGGUACAAUUGCAGAACCAAAUAAAGGAACUAGAGGGGAGUAAAGUGAAACUAGAAAGGAAACUGCUCGAAUCCUAUAAGCUGAAAGAACAAGAAUCAGAACUUGAUGAGCUACAGAGACAUUUGAAGAUUACAACAGCUGAGAUUGAAAUGAUGCACUUUAAUAUUAAAUCACUCCAGGAGGAGAGGAAGAAGCUUCAAAAAGAGAUUGAAAAUGGUGUAUCUGCAAUGAAGCAACUGGAGAUGGCAAAGAGAAAGAUUAGGAAGUUGCAGAGUCAGAUUGAGAUUGGUUCAAACCAGAUGAAAGACCAGGUGCUGAUGCUUGAACAACAUAUUACCAGCUUUCAGUCAGAGACAGUUACUAAAAGAGAUACUAAGGCAGAUAAGAAUGUCAAAGUUCUCAAAAUGUUAGAGCUCAAAAUUCUGAAGCUGAAGAGAGAGAACAAAGAACUUCAGCUAGAGAAGAGGGAGUUGACACUCAAAUUGAUUGCUGCCAAAUCUAAAAUAACUGCCUUCUCAAAUGUGACAGAGAGUGAAGUAGUUUCAGAAAUGGAGGAGGAGGUCAAUAAUUUAAAGAUUGAUAAUGAAGAACUCUCAAAGCAAAUAGAGAGAAUCCAAAAGAGCAAUUUCAGUGUAGUUGAGGAGUUGGUCUACCAGCGCUGGGUCAAAGCUUGCUUGAGGCAUGAAAUUCAAAGCCACCAAAGAUUCAGUAUAAAUUUGAGCCCCAAAACUCGAGAGAAUUUCAAGAAAAAGUUGGUAGAGUAUGCUACAAUGGACAGUGGACAGGGAGAUGUGGAUCUCAAUAGAAUAUCUUCUCAAGCACCUUCCAAUGAGAGUGAGGAGUUUGACGAUAUUACCACUGAGACCACUACUCGCAGACCAACUGGCACUAGUAACAAACACAACUUAUUCCAGAAGAUAAAGAGGUGGGUAAAGAGGUGGGGAGGAAGCAAGAAUGAUUCAAGCACUGUUUCAUUGUCAGGAAGCUACUUUGAAGGAAGUUCUUCAAGCAGGACUAGUCUGAACCAUAGACCAUUGACUUCAAUGCAUCCAUCAGAGGCAUUUAUGCCAAAUAAUGCAGAUGAUUCGAGCAUCACUUCAAUUGUGAAGGAGCAAGAUUCUGCAGAAUCUCAAGAAACACCUAAACUGAGACGCAAAAGGAGAGUGUCUUUUAAUGAGUCAGUAGACAAUGCAGAAGCAUCAGUUGAAAAGAUAUCUAAAUCAGUUGAAGGAGUUUUGGUUGAUAAUAAGCAACCAGUGAAGGACUGUUACAAAUUGGCCCUGGAGGGUGAGAAUUCAAUCGAGGAGGACAUAAAGCAAUCAAGCGAAAACAAGUUAGAAGGCAGUUUAGAUAUGAAUUUGAACUCUGGGUCUCAAGCUGAGGAAAAGAGAACAGAGCAGAUAUGUGGAUCUGGGAAUUCAAUUGAGCAACACAGUGACAGUCUCAUGGUUGAUAAAAAAGUGAAUGCCAAUAUGAAAGCUGACCACUCAGAGAUGUUGGAUCAAAGAAGGUCCCCCUUGCCAUCUAAAAGCCAUAACAAGAUUGACACACAAGAGCUUCAUUUUGUCAAUAUUUUCUACUUCUUGCUGCUGAUAUUAUUUGUAAUACUCUUACUCAAAGUUGUUGGCGUUUUCUAAGGAUGUUCUCUUACCUUUGGUGCAUAA